AUGCCAGGGGAAACUAUUACUAUACAAGCAGGGCAAUGUGGAAACCAAGUUGGAUUGCAAUACUGGAACCAACUCGCGACUGAACACGGAAUCAAUCCUGAUGGAACCACGUUAGCAUACCCAGAAGACACCUCGCUUAGGUUCUCCCCACUAGCAAACACUACCAAUGCACAGACCACAACCAAAGACCGUGAUGAUAAACCCGAAUUGUUCUUUUCCUGCGAGUCUUCUCGUGAACGAUAUACCCCACGGUCUAUAUUGAUUGACCUUGAACCGUCGGUCAUCAACAAAUGUACAUCCAAAAUGCCGAUGAUAAAUCCAAGAAAUAUCCAUUUGAGUGAACAAGGUAAUGGGGCAGCCAAUAAUUGGCAACAGGGAUACAUAUAUGGAACGAAUUAUGAGACUGAGUUGAUAAGUUUAAUUGAUCGCGAGUUGGAUAAAUGUGAUAAUUUAUCGAGUUUCCAAUUGAUACAUGGAGUUGCUGGUGGGACCGGUGCUGGUGUAGGAUCAAAGAUAUUGGAAUUGUUGAAUGAUAGGUAUGGAACCAAGAAAUUGUUGAAUACGUUCCUGAUAUUCCCUUAUAACGAAGGCACUUCCGAUGUGGUUGUGCAACCAUACAACACCGUGCUUACUUUAAAGCGAUUAAUUGAAUUCAGCGAUGCUACAUUUGUGUUUCACAAUGAUGCCAUGAACAGCAUUGAGAAUUUACUAUACGCCAAAAAGAAUGAUAUCGAUAGAACUGCAGCCAAUGCAUUCAACGAGACUAACAAAUUGAUUGCCUUUAUUGCGGCAUCUGUGUCAAACCCAUUACGAUUCCCCGGGUAUAUGUACAGUUCAUAUGACUCUAUUUAUUCAACGUUGAUCCCUACGCCAGAUUUGAAAUUCUUGACCACGUCAAUUGGACCUCGUGGUGGACAUCAUUCCAAUAAUGCUUAUGAUAUGAUUUUGGAAUUGUCCAAUGAUAGAUACAAGACCAAUCGAGCCGGACCUAAGACCAACUAUAUAUCCAUGAUGAAUUACGUAAUAGGAGACAGUUUUAAUCAACAAGAGAUCAAAAAGGCGAUUUUAAAAUUACAAAAACGAACAAACUUUGUACCGUGGGUUCCAAGAUCAAUACCGGUGGUUCGAGGUAAAAAAUCACCAUUCAGUGAGGCAAAACUUCUGGGGAUUCAAAUUUCAAAUAACACAUCGAUUGUGGAAAUGUUCAGCAAGAUCUUGAACCAGUAUGAUAUGUUGGCUAACAGGCGAGCCUACAUUACCGGGUAUACCCAGGAUAAUUCCGAGGAGGAACGGGAACGAGUCAUGGAUAUGUUCAGGGAUAGUCGAGAAGUCGUAGCUCGUGUAGUUGACGAGUAUGAUCGAUGUAAGAGUAAGGAAUAUUUAGAAGAUGAAAUGAUGGAUAUAGAUGAGUUAUAA